GUCAUGGCAAUAGCGUGACAUACAGCAACAUAAAAGCUUCUAGGCCUAACGGUCUUCACAUUUCAAAACUGAAAUUCCACAUCUACACAUUGAGAUGAAAGUCAUACUCAUUAUCUGCGCAGCACUAUGUGUUGUUAGCAUCUAUGCUGAAGACUGUCCCAACAACAACGUUCAACAGGAGUGUACACACUUACAGUGUUCAUAUGGCUAUACUUUAGCAUGUGUGAACAAUGUUUGUACUUGCAACCCUAACCAGGCUACUUCCUGUACCACCCAAGCUGAAUGUAUGAGUAACACAAACCUACCGACCUGCAACCGAGGAUGGCAUUGUGUUGAUAAUGUAUGUCGAUGUGGUGGAAACUGGGGCAAAUAAUGUUGCUGCAGUUAUUGCUUUCAAAAGAAAAAAUAUUGAAGCUAUUACAAUAAAACAACUGCUGUAAGAAUUACA